AUGGUCAAUAAUCGAAAAGCAACAACUCUCAAUUCAUUUCCAUUUCCAACACAUCGAAAUGACUUCACAGAUGAUUACGAGAUAUUACCAGAAGUAUUAGGUCGUGGUGUCAAUGGUAAAGUGUACAAAUGUCAACAUCAUCGAACAGGACAAAAAUGUGCUCUUAAAAUUUUGGAAGAUUCAACUCGAGCUCGACAAGAAAUUAUCUUGCAUAAAAAAGCAUGCGAAAAUUGUCAAUACAUUGUGAAAAUAUUGGAUGUUUAUGAAAAUAUGUUUCGAUCCAAGCGAUGUUUAUUGAUUGUAACAGAAUGUAUGGAAGGUGGUGAAUUAUUCACUCGUAUUCAACAACGAAACAAUAGACCAUAUACUGAACGUGAUGCUGCUAGAUAUAUUUGGAUGCUUGUUCAAGCUGUUUAUCAUUUACAUAUAAUGGAUAUUGCUUGUGAUAUUUGGUCUAUGGGUGUUAUUAUGUACAUUCUUCUAUGUGGUUAUCCACCUUUCUUUCCCAGAAAUGGAGAAAACUCAAGUUAUGGUAUGAAGAAUAGAAUUAGAACAGGUGAUUUUCAAUUUCCUGAUGUCGAAUGGAAAAAUAUUUCACAAGAAGCAAAAUCGAUUAUUCAACGAAUGCUCAUUGUUAAUCCAGCAAAUCGAAUAACAAUCGAUGAAAUUCUUACAAGUUCAUGGUUGACUGAAUUGACUUCCGAAAGAUCAAUCGAUAUGAGUUCACUUCAAGAUGUCGAAACUCGGGAACAAUUACAAGCUGCAGUUGCAUCUGCUAUCGAUUCACAACAUCGAACUGAUGAUGAUCUAGAUAUUGAAAUAUUUGAACUAGACACAUCACGUAUUGCUAAACGAGCAGCUAAAAAGAACGGACAAAUAGCUCUCAUUGAUGAAACUUUUCGUAAAAUGAGAAUCGAAACUAAAUAUGAUCAUGAAGAAAGUUCAGCAACUACAACAACAGAAUCACAAAGUCAAUCAUUAGAUCUAUCCGACAAAAAUUAA